AUGUCUCGUCUUUUUCAGAUUCCCGAAUGUCUUCGAUUAAUUUUCGUUCAUCUUGAGCAUGAUCGUUCAUCACUACAUUCUUGCAUUUUAGUUAACCGCUUGUGGUGCACACAUUGUAUCGAUUUCUUAUGGAGGCAACCAUUUCAUAUAUUGUAUACAUGCAACAAAGAACUAUGCAAUUGUUCUCUGCUAAAGAGAUAUUCACAGGCCAGCAAUUUACUUAAAACAAUUCUAUCAUGUCUCAUUCGGCUGAAUCCCGCCUUAAUGCAAAAAGAGAUUAUAUCAGCUUCACAGUCGAUGCCGUUGUUUAACUAUGUUAGAUACGUGAAAAGUUUAGAAUUUCACGAGUUAAAUAUGGCCAUCCAAGAUUGGUGGUUGGAUUACAAAGCUUUCGCUCGAAGAGAUCCGCCAAAGGCUAUGGAUUAUUCGAAUCAAAUUAAUGUUUGUCGACGUGAUUCGCCAAUACCGAAAGUUCGGGGAUCAACUGGAAGUCAAGUUGUUAUUGAUGAUGAAGGGUCGGAAUGUAAAAGAUACGUGACAAAGGAUUGUUUUGCGAUUAUACUUUUUCUCAACACCGAAUCCGAGACAUCAUCAGAUCACGGACCAAGAUUAAAUUCGCAGGAUCUUAACGAAUUUAAUCUGCAAGUUCCUUCUUUCCUCAAUCCCAAAAUAUCAUGUGAUCGCCCUGCUCCAGAGAAUCUUUGCCGAAGGAUGGCGCAGAUCAUGUGCAAAACUUUUAUGAGCGGUAGUCGCUCAAUCGAACAAAUUUCCUUUGACUCGAGAUUCGCGGCCAAGAGCUUCGGUCAACAAGAUGGUUGUUAUUCCAAUUUGUAUUGGCAUAGAAAUUCAGGAUACCGGAAUUCAUUUUUUGAUGAUUACCUCACCUUUUCAAACUAUCCCAGUUCCAGUGGUUGCCUUGCAAGGUUGACAAAACUAGUUUGCACCACUCGACACCGCAAGGCCAACUUGCUUUUAUCGCUUUCGAGAAUUUGUCAUUACAUAAAAUAUUUGGUGGUGAGGGUGGAUUACGAAAUUGAUUUAAUUUCUCGAAUGAAUCACCGGACAAAUUCAUCUGAGCAAGAAGCACAAAAUUUAGCUGUACUGCUCAAGGCUCAGAAAAGUUUGCAUCAUGUUGAGUUGCAAAGAUGUGUUGUAGGGUUAAAGAGCAUAAUGUUGGCAUUAAAGACACAGGCAAAUUCCUUGAGUAGUUUAUGUUUUAGUGAGUUAGAUUUUAACACUUUGCAUAAUGAUUAUUUAACGCCGUUGACAAAUCUGAAAAAAUUAGAAUUCAAAAAUUGUCACUUUAGAAAGCCUGAUCUCGUGAAAUCACCAGGUCCCAUCCUAACAAUAACCAAACUCACAACGCUCAAGAUGGACGAGACGGAUGUGCCACCGGAGGUCGUAGAAAAAAUUCUUAGUGUAUGUACUUCAAAUAUGCGGGAGAUACAUCUGGGAAAACUAACAUACACGCCGGACGAAAAUGGCGUGAUUUGUAUGAAUACAAUUGGAAUGAUUGCAGAGAAAUUUCGGAAUCUGACGUUUCUUAAGACCACCCUAGAGAAUUAUCGACAAGUGCCUCAGAUAAUUUUACUAUUUGCAACCUGUCAAAAAAUAGAGACGGUAAUUCUUUGUCAAGAAAAAAAAUCGCAAUUCACACUGAAUGUGUUUGAAACAAAUGAAAUGUUGGAACAAUUAGGUAGCAGCGGUUUGCCCAGAUCAUUGAAAAAGUUUGCACUGCACGGAGAAAGGUGGUCGUUUACUUCAAUAUCCCUGGAAAAAUUCCUCCAACCUGUGUGUGAAAACACACCAAUUCUGAAACUUGAGAUAUUGGGAUCAUUAUUUUUUACUAAUAAUCACAUAGAAGGGAUCAUAAGGUCCAAUCGGUACCAUAAAAUUGUAGAUCAAUUAAUAUUGUCGGCUGACAUCGCCCAAAACUUGGAUCUAAAAAGUCCAAAGGAAUUGGAUGUUAAGGUAAUUGACACUACCUCCAUUCCAAAAAGAGAUUAUGACUAA